UCUGCUCCCAGUCCUUCUAACUGCUGGAGGACCCAGACUCCCCGAUUCCAUCAGCAACACACCUAAGGAAGGCUUUCUAGGCAACCCUGUUGACAUCACUAGGCAUAGCUACCAGAUCCCUCCUGGCGGCCGACGGAUUACGGCGACGACCGACGCCCAGCGUGCACCGGUGACUUCAUCGGGGGCCUCGGCUGAGACGUGGUGUGAUCGACCCCGGAGGGCACAACGGUGCAACGCGCUCGAGUAGUGGAGAAGCAGUUGGGGGUGACGGUGACGGACCCUUGGAUAAGGUAGGAACAGUCCAGUGGGGACUUUUUGCCUGUUAGAGUAUGGGGCAGGGACAGAGUACAGCUGGCGGGGCACAGUGUACGCCCUUAGAAUGCAUCCUAGCAAAUUGGGAUGUGUUUGGGUCAGAUUCGAUGCUUAGAAGUAAAUUGAAAAGGUUCUGUACAGUUGACUGGCCUCAGUAUCAGCUAGAGUGCAAGGAAAGGUGGCCACCGGAAGGAUCACUUAAUUACAACACAAUCCUUCAGUUACUUUUGUUUUGUCAGCGAGCAGGUAAAUGGAAUGAACAUCUCUAUGCAUAUACAUUUAUGGUGUUAAGAAAUAGGACUGAUAUUUUGCACAAGUGCCAUUUGACUCCAACAGACUCGGUAGUAACUGCUGCUAAUCCCCAGAACCCUCCCACAGUUGUAAUGGCAGAAUCGGUAUCCCCUUCGGCUCCAGCACCCCCACAGGCUCCAGAGAGUACCCCCUUGGUGGGAUUUUAUCCGUUGAUUACUGAGAAUGUGGUAGCCCGUCCAGGAACACAGGAUCGUGCAGCCCAGAUUGUGCCAGUGUAUUCUCAUAUUCCUUUUAACCCAGUGCACUUAGCUGCCUUUAAGGCAGAAGCAGGGGAAUUCUCAACGAAUCCAAAUCGGUUUAUUUCAAUCUUUGAAGGGUGUCUAGCAAGCCAUAAACCUGACUGGGAUGAUUGCAAUAUACUUAUGAGAACCUUGUUGUCUGAGGUGGAGCGGAAUCAGGUUAUAGCUAAAGCUAGGGAGGAGGCACAGAGAAGGCAUAAUGAGGACAGAGAAGGCAAGCCCCUGCCUGAGGUCGCUGUCCCUACAGCAGACCCCCGGUGGAAUCCGAAUGAGGAGGGGGAUUUAAGGAUCCUUAACUCCUAUAAGGAACUGCUUAUGUAUGGCCUCCGGCACUCGGCUGUCAGAUAUAAUAAUUGGGCAAAGCCUUAUGAGUUAGUCCAGGAAUCAAAAGACAGUCCGGUGGCUUUCCUACAGCGCAUUCGGGACACCAUCCGGCAGAGUACUUGCGCAGACCCAGAUGAUCAGGCAACUGAGACAAUUAUAAAGGGUAUCUUUACCAGCUGUGCGGCCCCUGAUAUUAAAAGGAAACUGCAGAAAAAGGAGGAUUUAAUGGGAAUGUCUAUGGCUCAGAUUUUGGAGACUGCAAAUAGGGCUUAUACCUUUAGAGAGGGAGAGAAGGAAAAGAGGCAAGUGAAAAUGAUGGUAGCAGCGGUGCAGGCCGGCGGCAGAGGAAGGUCACAGAAAGGUGAAAGGGGCCGGGGAAUGAGAGGCUGUGGACGUGGGCGCCCCGGUUCCCAGGAGAGGUGUCUGGGUCACAACCAGUGUGCCAUAUGCCGAAAGGAGGGACAUUGGAAAAAUGAGUGCCCUGAAAGGGAAGGUACCCCUAUGAUGGCAGCGGAGGAUCAAGAACAGGGGUGUCAGGGGAGACGGACCAUCCUGCCCCCGGAACCCUGAGUAAAAAUGAGGGUGGGAAAUUCAGAAAUAGACUUUUUAGUUGACUCUGGAGCAGCACAGACCGCUGUAAAUCAACCCCUUCAGCUGCCAGUGGCAGACUCCCUCACAGUGGUGGGUGCCACAGGGAAAGGAACUUAGAUGACUUGCUAAUUGCUGCUGUGGGUCUAAUCCCUUGUCUCAAAGCCACUGUGAUCUUCCUGAACUUUGUUGGACUCCGAGGAUACAGGGUAGCUCGGAGCAAGGCUCAAAUUGCUCUCUCAGAAGUACAGUAUUUAGGUUUUCACAUAAGGCAGGGAGAGCGGCAGCUCUCAAACGAAAGGAAGGAGGCUAUCUGCCAAGUUCCUAUCCCUAGCAACCGCAGACAGCUCAGGGCAUUUCUGGGCAUGGCAGACUUUUGCAGAAUAUGGAUCCCAGAGUUUGGACGGUGGGCUAAACCUCUGUAUGAAUGUGUUAAGGGAGUGGAUCAUGACCCCUUUCACUGGUCCCCAGAAGCAGACAGGGCAUUUAAAAUCUUAAAAAGGAAGCUGAUGGAAGCUCCAGCCCUGGGUCUGCCGGAUCUCUCUAAGUCGUUCCAACUGUAUGUGCAUGAAAGGAAAGGGAUAGCCCUAGGAGUGCUUACUCAGUUAUUAGACACCUGGAAACGUCCCGUGGCAUAUUUCUCUAAACAACUGGAUCAAGUUGCAAAGGGAUGGCCAGCAUGCUUGAGGGCGGUCGCAGCCACUGCCCUAGUGCUUGGGGAAGCUUAAAAACUGACACUGGGGGGAACUGUGCAAGUGUAUAUUCCCCAUAUAGUCCAAGCCCUGCUGGGUACUAAGGGUGGUCUCUGGCUCACACAGGCUUGGGUUGCUCGGUACCAGGCAAAACUGUUAGAGAAUCCUGAAGUUACCCUGCAAACCUGUCCCUCCCUUAAUCCAGCUACCCUGCUACCAGAGACAGAAAAGCAGGAACAUGAAUGUCUGGAAAUCAUAGGUGCCCAAUACUCCAGCCACCCAGAUUUAAAAGAUCAACCACUCCCAAAUGCUGACUUGGAAUGGUAUACCGAUGGCAGUAGUGCCGUUGUGGAUGGGCAAAGGAGGGCGGGUUAUGCUGUUGUGACACUCCAUGAUACCAUGGAAGCUGAGAGUUUACCUGCUGGGACAUCUGCCCAGCUUGCUGAACUAGUGGCCCUGAUUCGUGCACUCGAGCUGGCAAAAGACAAACGGGUUAAUAUCUUUACUGACUCAAAGUAUGCUUUUGGGGUAUUGCAUGCUCACGCUGGUCUGUGGAAGCAAAGAGGGAUGCUAACAGCCCAAAGCUUCCCGGUUAAGCAUGGGUCUCAAAUUCUCCAGCUGUUAGAUGCAGUACAACUCCCCUCAGCAGUAGCAGUGGUGCAUUGCAGAGCCCAUCAAAAGGAAGAUCACGAUGUAACCAAGGGCAAUGCCAGAGCAGACAGGGAAGCCAAGCGCGCUGUUACCCUGAAAUCACCAACAGAGGAGAAUGCCCAAAUGCAUGCCCUCAUCCUAUCAGUAGGUGAGCUUGCAGCUCCUCAGUACUCCCAUGAUGACAGAAACCUGGCUGUCAGGCUCAGUCUCCAGGAAAAGGAGGGAUGGCUUUAUUCCACAGAGGGAAAAAUCCUCCUGCCCAAGGGCCUGAUCCGAUCAGUGUUGCAGAAACUGCAUCAAACCACCCACGCAGGCAGAGAGGCUCUUACCCAGCUUAUGAAUAAAUAUUUUCUAACCUCUGGACUUAACCCCCUAGCAUCACAGGUACAGGCUGAAUGUUUAAUCUGCCAAAAGAACAACCCUCGACCAGGAGUAGCAGUGCUGCCAGCCACUCUGGAACCUACCCCAGGCCCAGGAUUGGUGUGGCAAAUAGACUUUACUGAGUUUCCCAGGACCCAAGGGUACAGGUACCUCCUCGUCUUGGUGGAUCGAUUCAGUGGAUGGCCCGAAGCCUUCCCAUGUCGUAACAACACUGCCAAAACGGUGGCUCUUGAGUUUGUCAAGGAGAUCAUUCCUCGCUUUGGACUCCCACAGUGGAUGGAAUCUGAUAACGGAACACACUUCAUAUCUCAAGUUGUUCAAAAGAUAUCAAGUGCUUUGCAAAUCCCCUGGAAGCUCCACACACCAUGGCGACCACAAGCCAGUGGAGUAGUGGAACGCACAAAUCAGACACUCAAGCGACACCUCUCAGGAGGCCUCUCUUAGGUGGCCUGAUGCUUUGCCCCUUGUGUUACUCCGUAUUCGUGCUCUCCCCAAGGGCAGGUUAGGACUUAGUCCCUUCGAGAUUAUGUUUGGAAGGGCAUGGCCUCUGAAUGGUACACCGGUUCUGGCAGGAGAGUGGGAAAUGGGGUGUGGGUUUUUGUCUCAGUACGUGCGCUCUGUGUCUGCUGUUCUUUCUUCUCUUCACAGAUACACCAAAGAUUCACAGCCUCUUCUGCUGGGCGCCCCGGUCCACUCCUUACAGCCUGGUGACUCCGUUCUCGUUCGGACCUGGAAGGACGAGCCUCUCCAAAAGAAGUGGAAGGGACCCCACACCGUCCUGCUGGUCUCCCACACAGCAGCAAAGGUCGAAGGGCACAAGAACUGGAUUAAUCACUCUCGACUGAAAGCAGUACCCACUCCUGAACAGUGGACUGUCCAGCUGCAGAGAAGACUGCCAGUGACGAUUUGGGACUUAAGCUGUUAUUCAAAAGACAGUAAGGGUAGCUGGGAAUGCCUGGUGAUCUCUCUGAACAGCCACAGCGCACUCCCUGCGAAAACCCUGAGCAUUGGUUCUAUCUAUUCAUAGAAGGCCGACUUAGCCUAUGGUCCUGGUCCUUUUAUUUUUAAAUUUGUUUGGUGUCAAUAAUUCUUAUCUGCUGGGCAUUUGUGUUGUUGUAAUCACAAUAUGGGUUCAGGUUUAGGAUCUCUCACAACAUUCCUUUUUGUCACAGAAGCAAUCCUUCUGUUACCUACUGUUUCAUCCACAUCGCAUGCAGGAUGGGGAGCCAUCCCUACAGACAUGGCUACCAACACCUAUGAGGCCCUAAAAAUUGCCUUUGCCUGUGAGUUCAAUCUCUCCCACUGUUGGAUAUGUGCCCAGACUCCCCACCAUUCAGCUGGAUUGCCCUGGAGAGUAGUUCCCCAAAAUUGGUCAGACUUUUGUCAAAGGUGGAUGGUUACCAGCAGUAGCACCUCUGACAAUUUAAGUUUGCGAUCCAACUGUACUGCGGAAGCUCCUUAUGGCCUACACAAUGGCUCCUGGAAUUCCCACUAUAGUAGCACUCUUAAGCCCCAGCCUAUUCGUUUACGUUCUCCACCCACUGGUCUCAUAUGUUUUCAGCAAGCCAGUACAAGUAAUCAUACCUGGUUUGCCGGCAUUAGUACGUGUAGAUUUUAUAUUGGUCCUGGUAUAAGUCUCACCAUCCCUUUAUUAAAUACCA